AAUCAGCACUUUUCCCAAAACUUAUAUUACAAUUUUUUUAAUCCUACACAGGAAGAAUUUAAUGGAAAACCUGACUCCCUAUUUUUUAAUGAUGGUCAAAGAAGAAUCGACUUUGUUUUAGUGUAUGAAGAUGAAAGUAGAAAAGAGACCAAUAAAAAGGGUACAAAUGAAAAACAAAGGAGAAAAAGACAAGCAUAUGAAUCUAACCUCAUCUGCCAGGGACUGCAACUAGAAGCAACAAGAUCGGUUUUGGAUGACAAGAUUGUAUUUGUUAAAGUACACGCACCAUGGGAUGUGUUAUGUACAUAUGCUGAGAUCAUGCACAUCAAAUUGCCUCUGAAACCCAAUGAUCUGAAAACCCGUUCCUCGGCCUUUGAUAGUUUCAACUGGUUUACCAAAGUCCUCCGAGUAGAUGAACGUCUCAUCAAGCCAGAGCAAGAGUUUUUCACUGCUCCAUUUGAGAAGAACCGAAUGAAUGAUUUUUACAUUGUUGAUAAAGAUUCCUUCUUCAAUCCAGCUACCAGAAGCCGGAUUGUCUACUUUAUCCUCUCCCGAGUGAAGUAUCAAGUGGUAAACAAUGUUAGCAAGUUUGGGAUUAACAGACUUGUAAGUUCUGGAAUCUACAAGGCGGCUUUCCCUCUCCAUGAUUGCCAAUUCGGCAGUCGGUCAGAGGACCCCAGCUGCCCUAAUGAAAGGUACCUUCUGUACAGGGAAUGGGCUCAUCCUCGAAGCAUAUACAAGAAGCAGCCUCUGGAUCUUAUCAGGAAAUACUAUGGAGAGAAGAUUGGAAUCUACUUUGCUUGGCUGGGCUAUUACACUCAGAUGCUCCUGCUGGCUGCAGUGGUGGGGGUGGCCUGCUUUCUCUAUGGAUAUCUUAAUCAAGAUAACUGUACAUGGAGCAAAGAAGUUUGUGAUCCUGAUAUUGGUGGCAAGAUUGUAAUGUGUCCUCAGUGUGACAAGAUUUGUCCAUUCUGGAAACUGAAUAUUACUUGCGAGUCCUCAAAGAAAUUGUGCAUCUUUGACAGUUUUGGAACCCUGGUCUUUGCAGUAUUUAUGGGAGUUUGGGUUACCUUAUUUUUGGAGUUCUGGAAGCGGCGCCAGGCAGAACUUGAGUAUGAAUGGGACACUGUUGAGUUACAGCAGGAAGAACAACCCCGGCCAGAAUACGAAGCACAGUGUACUCACGUGGUAAUAAACGAGAUUACCCAGGAAGAAGAGCGUAUUCCUUUCACUGCCUGGGGAAAGUGUAUAAGGGUAACCCUCUGUGCAAGUGCUGUCCUUUUCUGGAUCCUGUUGAUCAUCGCUUCAGUUAUUGGAAUCAUUGUCUAUCGACUCUCAGUGUUUAUUGUGUUUUCUGCAAAACUUCCUAGUACUGUCAAUGGGACAGACCCAAUCCAGAAGUACCUGACUCCACAGACAGCCACGUCCAUCACUGCGUCCAUCAUCAGCUUUAUCAUCAUCAUGAUUCUGAACACCAUAUAUGAAAAAGUGGCCAUCAUGAUUACUAAUUUUGAACUCCCAAGGACUCAGACUGAUUAUGAGAACAGCCUAACCAUGAAGAUGUUCUUAUUCCAGUUUGUCAACUACUAUUCUUCAUGCUUCUACAUAGCAUUCUUUAAAGGGAAAUUCGUAGGCUACCCAGGAGACCCAGUGUAUUGGCUGGGAAAGUACAGAAAUGAAGAGUGUGACCCAGGUGGCUGUCUCCUUGAACUAACUACUCAACUGAUAAUAAUCAUGGGUGGAAAAGCAAUCUGGAAUAACAUACAAGAAGUCUUGCUUCCCUGGAUCAUGAAUCUAAUUGGACGGUACCACAGUGUUUCAGGAUCAGAAAAGAAAACCCCACGAUGGGAACAGGAUUACCAUCUGCAGCCCAUGGGCAAGCUGGGAUUAUUUUAUGAGUAUCUUGAAAUGAUUAUUCAGUUUGGGUUCGUCACCUUAUUUGUGGCCUCUUUUCCACUGGCUCCUCUGUUGGCUCUGGUGAACAAUAUAUUGGAAAUAAGAGUGGAUGCAUGGAAACUGACUACGCAGUUUAGACGCAUGGUACCAGAAAAGGCCCAAGACAUCGGCGCGUGGCAGCCCAUCAUGCAAGGAAUAGCGAUUUUGGCUGUGGUGACCAAUGCCAUGAUCAUUGCUUUCACAUCAGACAUGAUCCCCCGCCUGGUGUAUUACUGGUCCUUCUCCAUCCCUCCCUAUGGGGACCACACUCACUAUACUAUGGAGGGGUACAUCAGCAAUACUCUCUCCAUCUUCAAUAUUGCAGACUUCAAAAACAAAAGCAAAGGAGAUUCGUUCUCUGGGCUUGGUGACCAUACCACAUGCAGGUAUCGUGAUUUCCGAAACCCGCCAGGACACCCACAGGAAUAUAAACACAAUAUCUACUAUUGGCAUGUGAUCGCCGCCAAGCUGGCUUUUAUCAUUGUCAUGGAGCACAUCAUCUACUCUGUGAAGUUUUUAAUUUCCUAUAUCAUUCCGGAUGUAUCCAAAAGCACGAGGAGCAAAAUCAAGAGAGAGAAGUACCUAACCCAGAAGCUACUGCAUGAGAGUCACCUCAAAGAUAUGACGAAAAACAUGGGAGCUAUAGCCGAGAGGAUGGUAGAAGUGGUAGAUAACAAUCUACGACCAAAAUUAGAAUGAAAGCUUUAUGUUCCGAGAAGCACUUUAAAGAAUUUAGCUCUGUCAAAAUAUAUUAUGAAUCACUAAUGAGAAUGUUUAAGUUGAAUCACUUGGGCAAAUGUGAACGGUUAACUUUUGCCAUUUUCAUGUAUUUUAUUUUUCAGUUUCAGCUAGUGAUGCAAAAACUGAAGAAUAUAAAACAUAUCAAGAAGGGCAUAAAACUAAUCACCUGGAAAACCUAAUAUGCUACCUUCUUUGGUAAAUUGGAAUUUUAGUAACCCAGUGUGCUUAGCAGCCACCCCUUGAAAGCAGAAUGGAUCCUUUUUUCUGUUUGAUUACUUUCAUCCCUUCCUAUUCUCAAGCACAUGAUCUCCUUUAUUUUUAGGUAGUGUUUUUUAAUCUCUUUAGUUCACCAAAUAUAGUCCAGUUAUCUUUUUCUUACCAUAAUUAAAGACUAGACAUGCUACCACUUUAAUAGCUUUUAUACAAUUAAAAACAUUGCUUACUCAGAAUUGAGUUUGAAUGCAGUAUUAAGUGGCAAGUAGAAUUCUUAAUAUUUAGGUGUAUUAUCGCAUCCCUACAGAAAGAAACCUCACAUAAUAGGGAGUAAUUUGUCUCCAUUUUGGCCCGUCUUUGCGUGUCAAAGAAAUGUUCGUAGUGGACUGAAAUGACAAUAGCCAAGUUUUGAAACUUUUAUAUUAACCCAUAGUGACACCUUCUACCUUCUAGGAUCACUCCUAGAAUGAUCUGUGCCUCAUCAAUGGUGACUGCCUUGCAGAUCUCAAGGGAAUAAAGUGACAAAAGUAGGGUUAGUUACAGAUUCAAAUAGAAGUGUAACUCUGUUCAAUCUGGAUGACUAAGUUGCCUCUUCUAAAGAUGUGUAGUUUCUUGGGAGAAAAUGAUAAUCGAAUGAUUAAAAUUACAUUUUUAUCACAUAACGUUCUGGAAAAGAGAAGCCCAUCAGAUUCCCGCCAGUCAACUUUUAUUCACCAAACACAGGAGGUACAUUACUGCAAAUCACUAAGCGCCUUUGCAAAUAGCUCACGGUGUGGCCUUCAUGGCAUAACCAUGCUGUGUGGGCUCCAGGGGCAGCAGGUGCCCUAACUGUGAGCCACACCACUGUGGACUUGUGUGGAGAGCCCUUUCAUCAGGGGUGCAGCCUGUCUUCGUUUCUGUAUGCCAAAGUGAUCGACAUAACAAAGCAGUUGCCCCCAUGAACAUGUCUUCCUGCACCUUCCACCCUCAGAUUCUGGGCCCUGUAACUCAUUUGUAAUUGGAUGUUUGCACUAGAAAUAAGCAUAUUCAGAUUGUUAAUCGAAAAGGGAAACUCUGGAUUUGAUUUCAGCUUGCAGCCUCCUCUAGGGCCAAGUAGGAAGUUAAGGGUAAAAAGGAACGAUUUGGUCACAAACCCUACCAUCAGCUGGAGGUCACAUCCUGAAGUCCUGCACCACUAUGCUUAUCUUACUCUCAAGUUUUGCUCCGCUAGCCGUCCACUGUGCUUUACUGCCUUUUAAGAGUCAGGCCCUGCGGUAGGUCUGGAAAAGACACAGGGCCUACACUUCUUCCUGUUGGCUGGUUAACAGGUCAGUGCUGCGUGAAGAAGGCUGUUCCUGCUGCAUGGGCCUCUACCCACUGGGAUUCUGUUAAAUGCUCAGGUGCCCUAGGAAACAACCUAUCAGUAUCCCAGCAGGAAAGGGAAGUGAAACAUGUUUCAAUAAUCAGAUACAGAUCGCAGUUUUUAAGAGCCUGCCAUCAUGAAUGUUUCAAAAUUUAAAAAAGCAGUAUUCUGAGCUUUUGCAUUGCCCCAAUGGAUCAUAGACAUUUCUCCACCUUCCUUUAUCAUGCAUGUUAACAGUGUGGUCAGAGAGCCCAAAGCAGGCCAUAUGAGAUCUCGCUGCACUGGGACAAGAGAUGAAUGUCUUCCCACUGGAGGGAACUAUUUCUCAUUUCCGCACAGCCUAGGUGGAGCACCACUGUUCCUUUUCCCACCCUCUGAGAGACUGCUCCUGGAGGUGCGUGUCGCCUUCUCUCUUAUUACCUCUUCUCUGAAGUAUGUGACUAUCUCCUAGCAUUUGAUUCAUCAACUACUUACUGUUUAUGUCAUCAUAGAAAAAGAAAUGUUUUUGCCUUAUCUCUUUGUAUAUACUAUAGAAUUUUUUUUUUAAAUGUGCAUUUAUGUGUUUAUAGCCCCAGCUGAGAGAAUCCUCUUCAGAGUUUAAAAAUGUGCUGCUAUGGACAGGGGCUUUAAAACCCUCACAUUUCUAAAAGCAGAAAAUGAUGUCUGACACUGCCAAGAUGCCCAAAAAAGCUAACUUGCAGUGGAGACCAGGGUCCCCCAUAACUUCAGCAGUGUUCAUGUGUCUAGUGCUACUUGUCAGAGAAAAAUGGACUGUGAUUGCAUCAGCAAAUGGGAGAGAUGCCCCCUUCUCCCAGGAGCACCAAGGGGCAUGGAAGUUGGCCUGUGACGGGAGGAUCUGGCCCUCAACCUGUUCAGUGUUAACCACUAUAAAAAUUUUAGCUUUAUA